UAUUGUAAACGAUUGAAUCCCAGACAUACAAGGAGAAAGGGGAAGAGAAAUGGCUUCACAUCUAUCGUCAAUGUCCAAUAUCUCCCAUAACCACCUCACUCUAUGCAAUCAUUCUUCUUCUCCACCUGUAUUCUCUGUCACUCCAUAUCUCUACUCUUUGAGGCCCAAAAUCUUCAACUACCCUCUUAAACUCGACUCCCGGUCAUGUCAACAGACGAAGUCUUUCUCUUCAUUCUCGCAGGUUUCUCUGCAAGACCCUAUCCCACAAGAAUCUCAAAGUCCAUCUCCAAAUCAUUUCGUGUCACAAGAAGAGUCUCCGUCGUACCCAAAUAGGGAAAACGCUCCUUCAUCCAAAAGCUAUAUUUGGGUAAACCCCAGGAGUUCCCGAGCUACACAGCUUCGGCAGCACUCAUACGAUUCCAGGUAUGCGUUACUUAAGAAACUCGCUGCAUCUCUGAAUUCAUGCAAUCCAACUGAGGAAGAUGUCAUCAAAGUAUUGACUGGUGUCGGCGAGAACCCCUUGGAGCAAGAUGCCGUUGUUAUUCUUAAUCACAUGGAGAACCCAAUAACGGCGCCUCUUGCUCUUAAAUUCUUCCAGCAGAAACUGAAACCAAAACGAGAGGUAAUUCUUUAUAAUGUGACCUUAAAAGUUUUCAGAAAGUGUAGGAUUUUUGAUAGAGCAGAGAAGUUGUUCGAAGAAAUGAUCGUGAGAGGAGUCAAACCUGACAACGUUACAUUCUCCACUAUAAUCAGCUGCGCGAGGCACUGUUCUUUGCCCAAUAAGGCUGUGGAGUGGUUUGAGAAGAUGCCAGACUUCGGGUGCAAUCCUGAUAAUAUGACGCAUUCGACCGUGAUAGAUGCAUAUGGUCGAGCAGGUAACAUUGAGAAGGCCCUCAGCUUGUAUGAUCGUGCAAGGACGGAGAAAUGGCGCAUUGAUUUGGUCACGUUCUCAACGGUGAUCAAGAUAUAUGGAAUGUCAGGUAAUUUUAAUGGGGCCUUUAAUGUCUAUGAAGAGAUGAAGACUUUAGGAGUGAAACCAAAUUUACUUAUCUACAACACUUUAUUGGAUGUCAUUGGAAGAGCUAAGAGGCCAUGGCAGGCAAAGUCUGUGUAUAAAGAUAUGAUCAACAGUGGGAUUUCACCGAAUAGGUCAACCUAUGCUGCUCUUCUACGAGCAUAUGGUAGAGCCCGUCAUGCCCAAGACGCCCUCGAUGUAUAUAAAGAGAUGAAGAGCAAGGAUUUAGAAUUGAAUGUGGUUCUCUACAACACCCUUUUAGCGAUGUGUGCCGAUAUGGGUUACACUGAUGAGGCUGUUGAGAUUUUUGAAGACUUGAAGAGGUCUAAGACUUCUAAGCCUGACAGUUGGACAUUUUCAUCCUUGAUUACCAUAUAUUCUUGUAGUGGGAAAGUUUUGGAGGCUGAAAGCAUGUUGAAUGAGAUGUUGGAAGCAGGUUUUGAACCUAAUAUAUUUGUUUUGACAUCGCUUAUCCAGUGCUACGGGAAAGUUAAUCGAACAGAUGAUGUCGUGAAAACUGUCAAUCGACUUGUAGAAUUGGGUAUAGCUCCUGAUGAUCGGUUCUGUGGUUGUCUUCUAAAUGUGAUGACCCAGACAUCAAAAGAACAACUUGAUAAGUUGAUUGGGUGCAUUGAGAAGGCUAACCCAAAACUGGGUGCUGUGGUGAAACUACUUGUGGCAGAGGAAACCAGUAAUGAGUUAUUUAAACAAGAAGCCACUGAGCUCUUCAGUUCAAUCGAUACAGUUGUUAAGAAGGGUUAUUGUAAUUGCUUGAUUGAUCUGUGUGUUAACCUCAAUUUGUUGGAUAGAUCUUGUGAGCUGUUGGACCUUGGGCGCACGCUUGAUAUAUACAGAGGUAUCCAGUCCAAGUCUCCGACACAGUGGUCACUACAUUUGAAAAGUCUCUCCCUUGGGGCAGCCCUGACUGCGUUGCAUGUCUGGGUUAGUGACUUAUCCAAAGCUCUAGAGAAUGGGGAGGAACUGCCAUCGUUGCUUGGAAUAAAUACUGGUCAUGGAAAGCACAAAUACUCAGACAAAGGAUUGGCAAGUGCAUUGGAAUCCCGCUUGAGGGAAUUGAAUGCCCCAUUCCAUGAGGUCCCUGAUAAGGUUGGCUGGUUUUUAACUACAAAUGUUCCUGCAAAGUCAUGGUUGGAGUCGAGGAGCUCAGCUCAACUGGUGAUUGCCUAGGCUUAAUCUGGACGGGCUUUUUCUGCAAAAAUUAGCUUCAGAAGUUCAUUGCAUAUUCUUCCUGAAUGGUAUGUGGAUCUUCUAUAUAACUUUUCUUAUUCUUGGUUCCUCUUAUUAUGUAAUUCUCUUCACAGAGAACAAAUUUUGUACUUAGAAAUAGGAGAAUCGUUUUUUCAAUCCCUCAUUUUUCAUCUGGUCUGAGUGCUAGCAUUUCUGGAAUAUUCAGACUAACAACUGAUUUAUAGACUCUGUUGUAAAACUA